AUGACCUCCGUGCAAGUCUACUACGAACAGGCGGAGGUCUUCAACUGGCUCGAUGCUAUCUCUGGCGACAACGGAAGCAUCGACCCAAAGCAAGCAUAUACAUCCAUGUGUUUUCAGAUAUAUAUUAACCUUAUUCACAGGACACUCGAACUCCAUCAGGUUGUCACCAUCGACGACAACCAACACCAACCUCAACCACCUCGUUCAGGACAACAUCCAUCUCCCCAGCCGUCCCGACACUCCACCCUCAAUCUCCGAACGCUGGCUCCCCUAAAGCUGGAGCAUGAAAACCCAGUCUCAGCUCCGCGAGUAAUCACCAAGUCACCUCGUUGGGUGUAUGAGGUAAUCAGCCAACACGAGCCAAGGCGGAUGUUUACCGAGUUCCACUACGAAGAACCCGACUCAGUCUCGCUGGCCACGACUGCGACUGACUCGGAGUACGAAAGAUGUUUGCUCCCAUUUUGUGGAGCCUUACCACAACCAACCAAGGAAUCCUCUGCCGCCGGUGCCACUUCCUCACCGUCGCCCUCUUCAUCUAGCAACCACCAGCCCCAGUGGUUGCCUCUUGUGGUUGUGCAAGUUGUAUCGAGCAAGGUCCGCAAAGCAGUUCGGGCCUUGAAAAGAAGACUUUCUUAG